UCGAUCUAUUCGAUUGAUGGCGGCGGGUACAAUGGCGACCGCCGCCGGAGCAGCGGUGUUAUUGUACUACGUCUUAAGCCGUAGACUGGCUGCGAAAGGCGACGGAGAAGACGGCGAUGAGAGCGGAGAUUCAUCAAAAUUGAGAUCGGGAAGGAGAAGAAUCGUUCGCAGACCUGCGCAAGCACCAGCAACAUGGCUUGAAACGAUUACUACGUUAUCAGAAACCCUAAGGUUCACUUAUUCUGAAACUUUAGGGAAAUGGCCUAUUGGUGAUUUAGCUUUUGGCAUUAAUUACCUCAUCAGGAGACAGGUUAAUUUGCAAGUUGCAAGUAUAUAUGCUGGGAGUAAUUGUAUGAAGCUUAAAGGACCUGCAAUUAUACAAGAGUUACACAGCUUGUUAAGAUUGUUAACACUUUGUAUGUUCUUCUCCAAGAAGCCAUUUCCAGUGUUUUUGGAUUCUGCUGGUUACACUAUGGAAGAUGUUCUUCUUCAAAAACCCAAGGCUGGGCUUUUGAAGCCGGCUUUCACAAUUAUACAUGAUAAAGAUUUAAAAUGUUUUCUUCUACUAAUUCGUGGUACACAUAGUAUUAAAGACACAUUAACAGCAGCAACUGGUGCAGUCGUUCCCUUCCAUCACUCGGUUUUACAUGAUGGUGGGAUUAGUAAUUUAGUUCUAGGUUAUGCACAUUGCGGAAUGGUUGCUGCUGCUCGUUGGAUUGCCAAGCUUAGUACUCCUUGUUUGCUUGAGGCACUUGCCGAUUAUCCUGACCAUGGAGUUAAGGUUGUUGGGCAUUCGCUUGGUGGGGGUACUGCUGCAUUAUUAACUUAUAUCCUACGGGAGCAGAAGGAGUUCUCUUCUAGCACCUGCGUCACAUUUGCCCCAGCUGCCUGUAUGACAUGGGAUUUAGCAGAAUCAGGCAAGCACUUUAUUACUACUGUGAUUAAUGGAUCUGAUCUGGUGCCUACAUUUUCAACUGCUUCAAUUGACGACCUUCGCUCUGAGGUAACAGCAUCGUCAUGGUUAAAUGAUUUGCGGGAUCAGGUUGAGCAUACCAGAGUCUUAAAUGUUGUUUAUCGCUCUGCAACUGCUCUGGGAUCGCGUCUACCAUCUAUAGCCAGUGCCAGAGCUAGAGUUGCUGGGGCAGGUGCUCUUCUGCGUCCUGUUUCUAGUAGCACUCAGGUUGUGAUGAAGCGAGCACAAAAUGUCGCCCAAGCUGUUGUCAGAACUCGUUCAUCUCUGUCAUCAUGGUCAUGUAUGGGUCCGAGGCGUCGAUCUGUGGUUCCACCUGCGAACUCUAAAUUGGAGGAAUUGCCUGAAGCUUCUGUAGUGUCUGAAAGUUCUGAAACUCUUGUGGCUGAAGUUCAAAUUGAAGACUCAGUCCAGCACAAACUAGAAAGUAAUUCAAGCAGUGGAUCAGGGCAUGAUGAUACCGAGGAAGAUGAGCCACUUAUUUCUGGUGAUAGAGUAAUUAGUUCAUCUGUCAUUGAGGAUGUUACUGAAGGUGAGUUGUGGUAUGAACUCGAAAAGGAGCUUAAGAGGCAAGAGACUGAAGUUGAUUUUCAGGCCCAGGAAGAAGAAGCUGCUGCAGCCAGAGAGAUCACCGAGGAAGAGAAUGUUCUGGCAAAUGCAGCAGAAACCAACAACUCCAUAACUACAAUGGAUGUCCCAGACAGCCAACAUUUUUAUCCACCUGGUAGAAUCAUGCAUAUUGUAAGCAUGCCUGCCUCGGACACUGCCAAUGUAGAUCAUGAAGUACUCACUGAAGAACAUGUGGGUAUAUACGAGACUCCCAGAGAACUGUACAGUAAGAUCCGCCUGUCAAAAACGAUGAUAAACGAUCAUUAUAUGCCUAUGUACAAGAAGAUGAUGGAGUUGUUAAUUAGGCAACUACAAAAAGAUGAAGAUUGUAGUUGUGCUAUUUUACAAGAUCAGAUAUAGUAGGGAAAAAAAAAAAAAGAAAUUGCAUUUCCACAAA